CCGCCCGGGGGAAGAAGUCCCGGAACCACGGAGAGGCAGAUUCCAAGAUGGCGGCGCGGCUGAUGCGUUGCCGCGAGCACCCUUAACAGACCUGCCGGGGGCGCUUGUCUAGAGCGUUCACCUCGGAAGCUUUGAGUAAUAAAAAGUCAAAAGCGCUCCUGAGAAACGGGGCUGACUCUUCGACCUUUCGGGAAGAACGAAGAUGGCCCCAGCCUGUGAGCAGCUGCAGUUUCGCUUCCCUGGUUAUGGUGAUGGGGUGUUGCGCCGCAUGGACCAGUUGCGGGAGCAAAGGCGCUUCUGUGAUGUGACGGUGCAGGUGAAUGAAUUGCGGGUGCCUGGACACCGUGUGGUCUUUGCAGCCUGUUCCCCUUUUCUGAGGGACCAGUUCCUUCUCAACAACUCUCAAGAGGUGUCUGUUUCGCUCUUCCAGAGCCCUGAGAUCGGGCGCCAGCUUCUGCUGUCCUGCUACACAGGAUGCCUCGAGGUGCCUAUCAAGGAACUAGUCAACUACCUGACAGCUGCUUCCUUCUUGCAGAUGGGCCAUGUGGUAGAGUGUUGUGCCCAGGCACUGUCCCACUACUUAGUCCCCAAGGCAGAUGCCCUGCUGCGGGAGGAGGAAGAGGAGGGGAACUGCCUACAGCAGGUUGGAGAGGAGGAGGAAGAGAAGUUUCAGCCUUCUGCACUCAGAGGGGAGGCGGACUCUGUGGAAGGCAAAACGGAGGGGCCUGAGUUCACCCCCUGCAGUACCCGCAGCCCCUCAUCUCCAGCAAUCUCACUCUCCCUUAUCAACUCAGCUGUGGAGAUCACCCGCAGCUACCUGCAAGGCUGCUUCGAUGAUGAAACAAGCAGCAAAGGCCUUCCUUUCCCGUCCCCGGUCCCCACUCCUGCCUCCCAGUGGAGGAGCUACCCCUUGCACUGUCACCGACGCGGCACAGCUGUGACUUACAGGGAUUGGCGGCCAGGCAGCAGGCUGGCCGCAUGGAAGGUACCCGAACUGGAGCGCCCAUACCGGUGCCCGCGCUGCAACAGCGUCUUCCAGCAGCUGGGACAUUUUGUGAGCCACGUGCAGGAGCACAAGCUCUUCCUGUGCCUCCGCUGCGGCAAGGUCUUCUCGCAGAAGAGCAACUUGACGCGGCAUAUCCGGGUGCACACCGGCUUCAAGCCUUUCCAGUGCCCCAUCUGCUGCAAGUGCUUCACUCAGAAUGCGACGCUGCAGGACCACCUCAACUUGCACAGCGGCAUCAAGCCCCACCGGUGCAACUACUGCGAGAUGCACUUCACCCACAAGCCGGGCCUGCGGCGCCACCUCAAGGAGAUGCACGGCAAGAGCACGUUUGAAAACAGCCACGAAGAGAUCGAAGAGGUCACCAUUGACUUUGAUUGAUGGGAGGGGGGAGGAGCGGGCUCUUCUGCAAGGCCAGGAUGUUUUGUUUGCUCAAGAGGGCUGCUGGAAGGCAAGGAACAUGCCACAGACUGAACUCGAUGUCCUGGGGGCAGGUGAGGCCACAAGCAGACCUGCUCCAUUCCUAGUUGUAAGAGAAAUGGUAUGAUUGGGGUGUUUAGUUAUAGGUCAGCAGAAGGAGCGUGGACUGAGCUGUUCUCUAGACAGGAUGAGAUACCUCAAAGCAAGUAGGGGGACCAAGGCCUUUGGCUCAGGUCUUGUGUUAGCAGAGGAUGCUAGAAUUUAGGUCUGAAAUUAUUCCACUGCAGAGUACAGAAAGGGCCUUUUAAUGAGGCAAGGGGAGACUGCUGCCUCAGGGGAAGAGUUUUCAGUACCAUUAAGGGCAGCUGCUGGGAAAGAUCCACCCUCUGUUGCACAAGCCACUGGCAAGCUCUCCUGCGUGUGCCUCAUUGGGAUAUAGGGGAAUUUGCAGGAAUGCAAUUUUGCCCUUUCGGUUCCGUAAGAAUUGUGCCAGAAAACAAAGGAAGAAUACUUGAAAAUGAUUUGGGUCCCCAAUACUGUUUUGGAAUUCAGGUUUCUUUCCCCUGGGAAUUCCAAAAUUUUUCAGGCCCAUUAUUUCCUAGGGAUGACACUUUCCAGGGCGCUGGAAUGGCUGUUUAUCAAGCAAAUGACACCAAAAUUGCAGAAUGCCUAGUACUGCCUGUCCACUAAAAAAAACCCCUCACAUUUCAUGUGAACUGGCUUAAGGGGGCCAGUUCUGUGGGCCCCUGAACACGUUGCCUCCUACUUGUCGCCUUUGUUUCCUAUGCGGCAAGUCUACCACAGCCAAUGUCAAACCAGAGAACCUAAGCCAAACCAACUUAAGCAAGGGACGCUGUCACAAGCCUAGCCAAACCUGUAAAAUCUACGAAGAACGGCUUAGGAAUCUUAAAAUGUGAGUCCCAAAUGUAUCUGGAAUUUUUGGAACCCGAUUUCUGGUAUUCCAUAAAAUUUGAGUAUUGCACCCACUACCCAUAUACAUCCAAAAAGUACUGAUAAAUUAUUUUUGGAAGUAUAAUUGGACCAGAAAUAUCCAAAUGCACAAGCCUACUGAGAAUUUCACCAUGGAUGAAUGUGCAAAAGGGCUGCCAUUUUGCUUUCCCACGUCAGGCCCUAGGAUAUCUUGCGAUGACUCUGGUGGGGUGCUGGAGUCAACUUUUCGCCUCAGGCUCAGAUUUUGAGAAUUUCUCACUCUGCAGCUUUGUCACUUUGUAAAUUGCAAGUCAGAAAUCAGUCUGUUCUGCCAAAAUUCCUGGCUCAGAGAAUUGUCUGGGUGUGGGGUGUUGCGGCAGCCAUAGUUCUGCCCUCUAUUUGCAGUUGUGCAGCUUACUGGGGCAUGGGGGUGGGGGGAGAAAAAAAUGUUCUGCCUUAAUAAGCCUCCCCCCAUGUUCUGUAGCAAGAGGUGGUAGCUCAGUGGUGAUUGAUGCCGAAAGCGGAGGCAGCUGCAGUUGGUGUGCUGGGCAAGGGCUCAUGUUUGGAUGUGGGGAAGACCGCCCCCAUCUCACCGAGAGUGAACAGCUUGUGCCAUGUGCGAUUAGAUCAAAACACCAAGAAUGGCAGAGGUGGGCUGUGCCGGGUUGCCUUUUGAAAGGCAAAACUGUUGAGCAGAUUAGCGUUUUAAACUAGGCUGGAGUUGCCACCCCCCUCCCCCAGGACAAGGAAACAACCAUCCACAAUGUAGACAACACUGAGUGGGUUCCAUGGGCAGUGUCAGAAGGGAGGUGAGGCCCACAUCCUUAAGGUGCCAGAAUGGGAUACUGUAACUCACCCACUGCUCAGUGGUACAGUCGUAGGCAUUCUGAUUCCCAGCCAGGUCAAGAUGCAAUCUAGGAAGUGAAGACUCCUCAUGGAACCUGGCCGUUCUCUUUCUCUUUGUGAAGUGGGCAUCCUCUUUUGAAUAUGAGCCCAUCCUGUCCUUUCCCGUUUGGAAACAAGAAGCUUCAUGCAUCAGGAAGGAUCACAGGUGGUGAACUGCAACCCUGAGGUUUAGCAUCUGCAUGUGCUCCAAAUAGCUUGGAUCCAGAGCACGUGGCUGGGAUUCAUAGUCCCUAGACCCAGUACCUUAGAGCAGUCGGGCUCUUCCCGUGGGGUGAUUCUGGGGAGGGAUACGUCUGAGAGCUGUGUUGGCCCCUCGCCUUAGAACUGAAGACAUGAAGCAGCCUUGAAUUGAGUUAAACUCUCUGUCCAUAGAGCCCAGUGUUGUCUCUCCAGCUCUCAGGUGCACAUGGGGCUCUCCCGCCUCUUGCCGCCUGGGGUCCUUAAGCCGAAGACACCAGGGACUUAACCCAGGAUCUUACAUAUCCUAAGUAUGUUCUGUACUACUGAGCUGUGUCUCCAUCUUCAUGAUAGCCGGGUGCUGUAGAUGCCCAGUCGACCUCGGAAUUCUGGACUAGCAGUUUCUCGUUUUUAGGAUCAUGUGCCACACCAGGUAGACUUUGUUGUGGUGGGAGGCGUCUGAUUUUUUCGUAUAAAGAUA